UCCAUUUCCUGAUUUUUGCUUCAGUUAUUGACACUUAAAUUUAUUUCAAAAAGGAAGAUGACUAAACGCAAGAUCGCGAAUAUGCGAAGCUUGCACCCUGUUUUUAAUCAUUGUUCAUCCCAGAGACAGCCUGUUUUGUAAAAUGGGUGCUGUUCUCUGGAGGAAAAGGAGUUUUCUUGGCGAGCCCCGGCUGUGAUUUUUUUUGUGUUGACUGUUUGUGUGUUACAGUGCAUCAUCAGUGUCAGCCUGCAUGUAUUCAGUUUCACGACUGACACACUGACACACCCCAACAAGUACACACAAACAAUAAGGCUGCACUUUGCCUCCCUGUUGUUAUCUGGUCAUUGGCCUCAAGAACAAUACAAACAUGAUGGAGUUAUUCGUAGAGACGCUUACUGGGACAGCAUUCGAACUUCGAGUGUCGCCCUUUGAGACCAUCAUGUCGGUGAAAGCAAAGAUUCAACGUUUGGAAGGCAUUCCGAUCUCUCAGCAGCACUUAAUCUGGCAGUCAGUUGAGCUUGAAGAUGAUUACUGUCUUCAUGACUACAGUAUCAACGAUGGUGCUACACUCAAACUUGUGACAGCCAUGCGUGGAGGGCCAAUCAACACGAGGCGGAUCCCAAUGGAGGACCCAGCGCUCCGUGAAAUGGCGGAGUACAUGGAGGCAAACAGGGACUCGCUGUUUGAUAAAUUGCCAGGGAAUCGUCAAGUGACUCUUCUAGUCUUCCGCGAGGGUGACCAGCUAAAUUUCUUCAGGGUGGUCGAUAAGGGUGAUGGAACGCUGACCCCUCUAUCUGAGUCACUAAGUGGUGCUUCUAUGUAUAAUCUCUAUGAUGAAGAAGACGAAGAAGAGAUUCCUACAAAAGAGAAGUUGGAAGAAAAUGAUAAAAUGAAAGAAAAGUUGGUCUCGCUCAGGAAUAAAAUGGACUCAAUGACCAUUACCAAGAAGCCGAAGAAAAAGCCACGGCCACCAUCUGCAGGGAGACCAGGGAGUCACAAGUCACGUGUUCGCCACAUUCCAAAGUCGUCCCUCAACAAGAAUCUAUGUCUACCCCCAGUUGGUCACUCACAUUCAUUAGUGAAAGACAGCAUUCCUUCUCAUACGACAGAGACUAGCUAUAAUAGAAUCAUAGAGGAUCCGAAAAGUGAUUUGAACUUGAAGAAAGAACUUCCAUUGACGGAUUCUGCCAGUCGGCGGAGUAAACAUGAUAGAAUUAGUCCCCUUGAUAGUGCUACUUUGAAAAGGUCUUUGUCUAGUGUAAAAGAGGAUCUCGCUUCAAAUUCCCGGCCGGUCUCAGGCACUAGAAAAACCAAGGAAUCUGAAACUGCUAAAUUGCUAUCUAAGAAAGACUCUGCUGCUUCUAUUAAAAGAAGAGACAGUUUGAAGAGUGAGAAAGACAUUCCUAGGUCGGGGUCCGCACGGAAGAAAGAUGUGACGUUAGAAACCUUGAAAGAAACACUGAAGCCGCCACCAUCCACUAAAUUUGAACGUAAAAAAGACUUCGGUUACGAUCCAAUUGGCCCAACAACUUCCUCAAGUCGUAAAGAGGUGACUUUAGAAAGUUUAAAGGAGUCGUUCGGACGACCUACGACCUCUAGUAAAUAUGCAAAUAAGGAACGGAAGAAAGAGUUCAUGAUUGAGAGUCUCAGCUCGGAGGAGGCACGUGCCAUGUCAGGUCUCCUACGGCAGGCAAGCAUAGAACGACUUGGCUCAUCUAAGAUAGGAAAUUUUGUCAGCGGUAGUGCUAGCAAGUCUCGUUUAGGGGGUUACCCUAUUGGUGGUGCUGGAAUUAAAGAAGGACGGGUACCUACACCUGAGGGGAGAUUAAUGUCUGCCAGACUCCAAAGAUUGUCAGCGAGUCGCGACGGUCGUAUUAUGUCGCCAUCUCAUCGUCUACCUCCAGUUAAAACAAAGAAGAAGCCACACAAGAGGUGCUUCUUUUGUGCAAAAAAAACAGGUUUAGCUACAAGUUACCAGUGCAGAUGUGGCAACAAUUUCUGUGUUACCCACCGCUAUGCUGAGGCGCACAAUUGUACAUUUGACUACAAGACAGAGGGACGCAAGAUCAUUGAGCAGAGUAACCCAGUUGUUAGUGCACCAAAGUUGCCUAAAAUAUAAGUCGAAUCCAUCCAGAGUUAAACGUGUACUGUUGUGAUUUGUCUUGUAUCAAAAUAUGUGCUGAGAGUGAUAUAUGAAUGUUCACUUGAAAAGAUGUUGCAAACACUGUGCCCGCCUGAACAUCAGAAAAAAACAUCAUUCCUAUUACCUGAGAGUUGAAUAGUUCUUAUGAAAGAGCAACUGCACAGUCUGUCUUUCAAUGUGGAUCACUUGUUCUUUUAAUCAACGACUGCCCUGUUUGGGUAAGAAAAUACAAGUAAUUCCUGUUAUUUCACUGUUUAUUUACAUUUAUUCUGGUGCCUAUUGCUGUUGACUCAUUUACUUUGACGAUGAAAUAUGAAAAUGUAUCUUGCAAAUUUUUAAAUCUCUGCUUUUAAAAUACCGAUGUAUUUGCUGAUUUGCUGAUCACGAAGUAUUCAAAUAGCUAUUCCCCUCUAAUCAUGCAUGACUUUAAAAGUAUCUAAACACUUCAUUCUGUUUUCAUUUUCACUAUAAUCUUGGUCACAUUUCAAAAUGUAGAAUCAUUGGUACUACCAUUAGAAUUUCUAUUCAAAGUUACUUUCUUCAUUAGUAGUUAAUCAUGAUUUCAAUCUGUUAUGAGGACAUAAAGAUUUCAGUGCCUCUGGUAUCAAACCUUCUCUAAAGCAAAAAUUGGUAUGUAUGUUUCUAAAUGACUUCAUGCAUGAUUUUAACUGCUUGGUUGUGUAAGGAACUUACAUUGUGAAGUUUAUUUUGAGAAGACAGUAAAUUCUGUGGGCUUUUUAAAAGAGUAUUGUUUUCUUAUGACUCUUUUGAGAAUGUGAUAAUUUUGCUUUGUUUUUAACACAAGAUUUGCUUGAUGUUUCAUGAAUUUUGUUGCUGUUGUGGAUUUGUUAGAAAAAAAAUGAAGAAAAACCAAACCAAUGGCACUAAUAUAGUCACUUCAACUUAUGGGAGAUAUAGUUAGGUGAAUGAAUGUAUUGUUGACUGAGUGUGCCUUUACCAAAAGCUAUAAAAUAUAAUGAGAAGUUAUUCAGGGCAUAAUAUCAACAACCGUACAUUACCAUUGGCCCUAAAAUCAGGCCAUUCACAAGAUAACUGCUGUUUUUGCUGAAGCACUUUCAGCCUGACUCAUUUAGAAUACAUGUAAACUGUACACUGACCAUUUAUGCUUUGGUCAGAGUCUGUAUAGAUUGUAAAUAGUAGUGUGUAAAGUGAUACAUCUUGCACAGAUUAGCUUGAUUGUAAAUAAUUUGUACGUUUGUCAUAGAGAAAUAUGCGGAGCAGUAAUGCCUUUGAAUAUAAGGUAAAGUUGCUCCUCUCACUUUUAACAUGUUAAACGAAAAAACUGAUAAAUGUCACAAUAAACUCUUUCUGUACCUCCACUGCUCUGAAAAACUGUGUAUGUAAAGCACAUGUAACGACAGUAUACUGGAGAUUAACCUGUACAUGUUAGAUGUUUACUGAAUGAACUUGUUUAUAACUGUUGAUGACUUCUGUUUUGCAACGAGCAUGUUUUUGUCAUGACCAUUUGUGAUACACAGUGUCAGUCCCAGGUUAAAAAACAAAUAGCUUUAGAGUGUUUUGUAAAAAUAAGUCUUAGCACAGUCAUAAGUUUGGUUUAAGACUUUUUUCAACAUACACGACUUAAUUUACUUCUGCAUACAUGUUAUAAAAAAACCCAUAAUAGUCUUAUGGUGUUGGGUAUGAAAUACAGCAUAUAAAUCUGUUCAUACAAGUGAUUUCAUAACGCUGAGUCAUGAUAUACUGUGUAGACCGCACAAAGAACAUGUUAAGUAUUACAUGACAUAGUGACUUGGUGUUCUUCUGAGUCAGUAGCUAAUUGUGUCAGACUUGUAGCUACAAUAAAGAACCAAGUGUAUCAUAUUGUUCAUGACAAAUUCAUUUCCUGUUUGUCUGUGAUCUGAUAUUCUUAUGGCACUGUUCUUAUAUCGAUAAUUUUUUUCAAACACUUAGUAAAUUGCUCUGGCAGUUGACAUAGGCCUGUUACAUGUAAAAUAGGCCUUUUGUACAGCAACCCCUUUGAUUUGAUACACAAAUAAGGAUAUACUAGCUUUGCAGUUUCUUUGGUUUCUUAUGGUCCUUAUUGGCGAAAAGACCUUGUCACUUUGCUCGAUUUGAACCUUUAAAUCAUCACUCUGAUUGCAUAUGUCUUGCAUAUCUGGAUAUCAUUUCUGUAAAUUGAGUACAUUUGUGUAAUAAGUAUAUCACUGUAACUGCUUUCAGGGGGCAUCGAGUAUGGCCGACCCGUGACACUGAAUAAAAUAAUUGAAAAAUGA